AUGGUAAGCAAUUCUUCUUACAGAAAAUCCUUCAUCAAUUCCUCGAUAAAAGUAGCCAGACUUUACGGUUUACAAGGAAUAGACUUCUAUUGGAAUUAUCCAGAGACAAACUCUGAUGGGUUCAACAUGGGAAUACUCCUUCAAGAGUGGAGAGCUGCUAUUGAUUCAGAGGCAAGAAACUCUAACAACUCGAAACUGAUCUUGACAGCACAGGUUUCACAUUCACCAUCUGUGUCUUCAAUAAGUUACCCUAUUCAGACGAUGCAACAACAUUUGGACUGGGUCCAUGUUGUGUCUGAAAGUUACACCACUCCUCUCAAGACAAUCCUUACAAGCGCUCAUGCAGCUCUGUAUGACCCAAGUACUUUUGUUAACACAGAUUACGGUAUAAGAGAAUGGAUCGAUCGAGGAUUAUCAGCUAAUAAACUGGUUUUGAACUUGCCUUUCUAUGGCUAUUCAUGGACGCUCGAGAAUCCUGGGAACAAUGGUGUUGGUGCACCAGCAACGGGACCUGCCAUUUCAACGGACGGAUUCUUGACCUACAAGCAAAUAAAAUAUUACAUCAAGCAAUAUGCUCCUGAUGUUCGUGUUAGGUACAACUCAACUUAUGUGGUGAAUUACUGGACAGAGGGAACAACUUGGAUUGGGUUUGAUGAUGUUGAGGCUAUUACAGCAAAGGUUUCUUAUGCCAAGGAGAAGAAGCUGCUUGGCUACUUUGUGUGGGAAGUCUCUUUCGAUGAUAAUUGGGUGCUUUCUAGAACUGCAGGGAUGGUGGGGUUCACUAAAGAAUCCGAAGAUAAAGCAAAUAAAGAGGCAUCUGCUUUUAAUGGAAAUGUUCCCAAUCUGAUAGAAUAUACAUUGGGUGAUAUAGACGCAGCAACCAAUGGAUUUUCAAGUGAAAAUAAGCUUGGACAGGGUGGAUAUGGCCCUGUUUAUAAGGGAAUAUUAUCUGAUGGACAAGUAAUAGCAGUGAAGAAACUUUCAAAAACAUCCAUGCAAGGAUUUGAGGAAUUCAAGAAUGAGGUUAUGCUUACUGCCAAGUUGCAACAUAUAAAUCUUGUCCGAGUUUUGGGAUUUUACAUUGACAAAGAAGAAAAGAUACUCAUCUAUGAAUACAUGCAAAACAAAAGCUUAGACUCUUACCUUUUUGACCCCAUUAGACGAUUUGUUUUGGAUUGGAAAAAACGUGUGCAUAUUAUUGGAGUUACACAAGCAUUUUUAUAUCUUCAAGAAUACUCAAGAUUUAUUGUUAUUCAUCGAGAUUUAAAAGCGAGUAAUGUCUUGUUAGAUGGAGAUAUGAAGCCAAAAAUAUCAGAUUUUGGCAUGGCUAGAAUAUUUAGUAAAGAUGAUCUUGAAGCAAACACAAGCCGUAUUGUCGGAACAAUUGGUUAUGUUCCUCCUGAGUAUGCUAGAAAAGGCAUAUACUCUACCAAAUCUGAUAUUUAUAGUUUUGGGGUUCUACUUCUACAAAUCAUAAGCGGCAAAAGGAUUUCCCUUUUAUACGGUCCGAAUCAAUGUUUGAGCCUUCUAGACUAUGCAUAUGAGUUGUGGAAUGAUGGUAAAGGCAUGGAGUUUAUGGAUGAAUCACUAGAUGAUACAUAUUCAUCCUGUAAAUUACUGAGAUGCUUGCAAAUAGCUCUAUUGUGUGUCCAAGAAAAUCCAAUUGAUCGACCAUCCAUGUUGGAAGUUUUCACGAUGCUAAAAAAUGUGAACACUAAUAUGAUGAUUCCAAAAAAGCCUGCUUUCUCGAAACAAAAUGAACAGAAUAAACAUGCAAGAAAGUUGGAAGGUUAUUCAGGGAGCACCUCAUCAAUUAAUGAUGUAACAAUUUCAGAUUUUGUAGCCAGGUGA